AUGAAAUUUUUGAAUUUGGGUGGUUUUUUUGGUGGUACCAUCUUCCACUACUUUACGAGUACCUCCUUCACCAUCUUCGGAACCAUGGUGCCUAUGUCUAGUGAAGCUGUAAGAGGUGUCAUUCCUCCGCAUUUCGGCACCGAUCUCCUUGCAAGCAUUGACAGAAGCGAUCAUAUCGAUCACGAGGUGAAGUGGAUGUCGGAUCCAUUCCAUGUUGUACGGCCUAACCAACCAACCAACCGGCCAGUCAGUCUGCCUUCUGGCCUGCCUGCCUACACACACGCACAACAACAACAUCAGCAGCAACGCUCGCUUCUGUUUAUGAACAGGUCGGAAGGAGAAGCAGCAAAAGACGAGGAGGAGGAGGUGGCAGUGAUGGUGGUGGAGGAGUUGGAGGAGGAGGAGAAGGAUGGUAUUUCUGCCUCCUCCUCCUCCUACUCUACCAUCACCACCCCCUCCUCUGCCUCUACCCGUAGGACAGGCGGACAACAGCAACAACAACAAUCGAUGUCUGCGACCCCCUCCUCGUCACCCACGCCAUUGGUCCGCUUCCACGCCUGUCUGUCUACUAAAACACGCGCCUCCGCUCCCCAUCUGACCAAUCGCUGUCUACAUCGACAGGACGAUGACACUGCUAUCACCACCAUCACCACCGCUGCAACUCGUCAAUCUGUCUACCUGCCAACUGCGGACACACGUGUUCUGAUUCUCCACCUUCUUCGAUUGAUCGUCUGGAUCCUUAUUUUCAUGGCUUCAGUACAGCUAUUCAGUUCACCCUGUUCAAGCGUGGUGGCCACUCAUUGCCCUCAGACAGAGGCUUCCAGUUCUUCCACAGCAACCGGAACCGCGUCAACAGCGAGUCCAUUACAGACUUUUGAAAAUACCAAUGGAGAUACACCGCCAACACCUUCAAAAACACCUACUUUUGCUUCCGCUGAGUUGGAUGAGACUCCAGCACAACUGCCACCACCACCUCCACCACAACUUCCACCGCCGGCCUCAGUAUCCACGACUGAGAUCUCGAUUCCAUCGAGUCUGUCCAACCACAGUAACCACAGCAACAAUAGUGGACAGUCCCCACUGAAACUGAAUAUUCCUCAUCAGUCUUACGUUAGUGAAGUGCACGCCUUCCAAAAGGUGCCAAUGCCUGAGGAACAGUUCGGCAGUGACCUCAAAAAGGACACUGAAGCUUUGCACAAUCAUCCCCUAUUCCCCCUUCUGGCAUUGAUCUUCGAGAAAUGUCAGCUGGCAACCUGCACUCCUCGUGACAGCACCCUUCGAAAUGGUGGAAUGGACAUCUCUUCCUCGGAGUCCUUUCAAGAAGACAUUGCUGUCUUUACAAAAGAGGUCUGUUGGUCUAUCAUUCUCCCCUUUUUCUCUGAUCAUCAUUAUCAUCAUUACCCCUGUUGUUAG